AUGUCCUCCUGCAGAAGCUCCGCGCACCGGAAAACGAAAUGCAACGUGCAUCUUGUUUCUAAGUUUAAACUUAAGCGACAACGCAUUCGCUUUUGUGUCUCCAUCAAGAGCUCGAAGAUUAGCAUACGUACGCCUCCCGCGCUGACCUUGGUCAACUGCUGCCCAAGCCUUGCGCUGGGUUGCAAAUCUGUUCAGCUUCAGGCUUCAGCAGCCUUACCGAGAAAUUGCAAGUGUAGAACGUGCUGGACUGCUGAUCAUUUUACAGGUAUGAGUCGAAGAAAAGGGGGUUCGCGAAAGUGGCCGGGAAGCUUGAAGAGACGAAAAGCGGGUGCAUUCAUUGGUCCUCCAAUUCGUACCGUAGCAACCCGACAGGCUACGAGCAAAGGAACGCUCGGCAUACCGCCGAAUGACUUUGAAUCUUCCAUGACACCAAGCUGCGACGCCAAGACCGCCUCGCUCAUUUCGUCUGACCAUCCAUCGUUUUCGGAUGGUCCGAGCGUCGCGCUGAAAAACGCCCCUUCAUACGAAGCAUUCCAAAACAAAAUCCUCGAGGCCCACGGCGUUGCCCGGCCUUUGCAUUUCAUUCGCUGUGCAUCGACUCCAGACAUGCCAGCCCCUUUUUUCAACCACGAUAAGGUGAAGUCAGGUCAUGUUCGAGGUCUUCUCGUGCACAAGUUUCACCCCGUCUUGUAUGCCACCUGUGAACAUCCUCAAAUGAUAUCCUACCUAUCGAUACAUGGCUUACGGCCAGGACCUCCUUGCAUUACCAGUCUUGCACAAUUGGGAACCGGUGGUUAUGAUACGAGUGGGCUGAAGCCUCGAAGGCUGUGUGUGGGCAGUUGGUCCCUGCACGAGGCAGGGGAAAAAGGGAAACGGGGGUUGCUCUUUGCCUGGAACUAUAUAUAUGGUGUGAUGCCCUCGCUCUUUGUUGCCUAUCGCUCCACCACACAUACAUCCGGUCGAUCCUUUCACACGCCACGACGCUCCUUCGCCAGCAAACUUCGACUGAAGCUUCAUUUUCAACCCUCAAACCCAACCUCCGAAACAAUGGCCUUCAACCAGGAAACCGUCACUCAGCACAAGGAUGCCGGCAAGCACGGUGGUACCGCCGCCGAGAUGGCCGCUAAGCAGAUGGGCCUGGGUGCCUUCAGCAAGAAGAUCGGCGAGUUCGUCAACAAGCUGAUCGGAAAGAAGCAGAAGGAGGCUGCCGACAAGAAGGCUGCUGAGGGCGCCGUCCCUGGUGCCGCUCCCGGUGCCGCUCCCGGUGCCCCGCCGGCCCACCCUCAGUAA